AUGGUAAGUCCCGGAGUUGUGCCCAAUCCAGACGUCUUAGCGGUGCUCAGGGGGUUCGACCCGGAUGUCGAGGAGGUCCUUGCCAGCUCCGGACAUGUAUCCCUAUACACCAUGGCCGUGGAGUCACAGCAGUGGACACGCAAAGACGUUGAAGGAUCCUUGUUUCUCCUGAAGCGGCGAGGGACGCCGCGCUUUCGGAUGAUGGUGCUAAACAAGCUUUCGACGGAGAACUAUGUUGAAGAUAUUCACGGAGGGUUGGACUUCGAGCUCAAUCCUCCUUACCUGAUGUAUACCCACGGGAAUGCGGAGAUCAUUGGCGUUUGGUUCUACGAGCAGGAGGACCUGCACCGAGUUGAAAACGUGCUUAUGCGCAUA